AUGCACCUGUGGAACGGUCGGAUCUUAAAGAGACUGAAAACUAAAGAGCCAAAGGAGAUUGAGCUAGAUUGUCUGGAGCAGGGCUUCUCCAUCUAUCUGAAUGGGGCUAAUGCUAACGCUAGCAAGCAGACCAAGAGACCCAACCAGAAAUGCCUCCAGAAGGGGUUCGCAGCUAGCAGAAACUCGAUCAAUAUUCGAACAGAACAAGGACCCUGUUUGCGGAUAUCUCCAGAGAGACGGUACUCUGAAGACUUUGAACCCUACGACAGCAUAGAGAUGGAGCGGUCGAGUCCACGCUCUCCUCAUAGUCCCCACUCCCGGCGAGAAUCCUGUAAGGUGUCACAUUCGUUUGGCUCCAGGGCUGAUGGCCGAGGAGGUAGCCAGGCAGAGCCUGAACAUCAAAGCGAACGUGUCCUACUCAACAUUAACGAGGUCAAGGUGCUUCGACGGAGCCUGGAGGUGAGCGUGCGGCGGAGCAGCUGCAGCCGGGGGUCGGCGGGGGAGGAGUCAGACGAGGAGUGGGUGGAGGAUCAGAUUGAGAGGGAGGAGAGCACGGAGAGCCUGGAAGAGCUAGGUCUGCCUCCUUCCUCCUCCAACAAAACAUCUACUAACACAAACCAUCCGCGAGCCACUGGGCCCAAAGGCUGCCUUCAUGACCCUGCAGACCUUAUAGUGCUGGACUUUGGGCCCUCUCCUAAAGGCCGUAAGAUCGAGCGUUCGCUGUCGGCCAAGAGGAAAGACAACCUGGAGACCUACAUACCCACCAAGCCUCUGCUGGUGAAGAGCAAAACUCUGGACAGGCCCUCUUCAAAAGAGUGCAGGGAUGGCAGAGAUCCUCAACGGCCGUGGAAUCAUGUAGAGCGCCCCCUGUCUGCAGCAAGGAAGGCCUCCCAAGAGGAGCGCGACUCGGAGGAGAGCGACUCGGAGGAGAGCGACUCGGAGGAGAGCGACUCGGAGGAGAGCGACUCGGAGGAGAGCGACUCGGAGGAUACGGCGUGCAGGGUGCUCCAGGCCCUGCAGAGAGAGAACAGCCCACUGCAGAGCCCCGAGCCCAGGGCCUUCAGCCGCACCCCGGUGAUGGGAUACCAGAUGAUGAACGGCUCGCUGCGUGACGACGAUGACGACAAAGAUGAAAGUGGGGUGACCAGAGCCAUGCAGAGAGUCACCCUCAUGGAUCCCAGGCAACAGCAGAGACUACUAAAGGCGUUGGAGAAACUAGAGGCAGGCACAAACUUUGAAAUCCCUCAGACAGUGAAGACGGAUAACAGCAAACCACCGAGGAGGCGGGUCUCGGUAGAGGCACCACCCACCGUGUACGUCACCAUGGAGAUCCUGAGUAACUGGGGGAACAGGUGCCAGGUAGGGCUGACGGAGAUGCAGUUCUUCAGCCCAGGGAACAGGAAGCUGUACGUGUCGCCUCACGACCUGGACAUCCGGAACGCCGACUACCCUGGGAACCUCGGAGUGCUAGUCAACGGGAAAGCUAAGACCACAAAGGAGUGUCAUAUGUGGACCUGUCCUUUCCAUCUUCCGGUCCAACUCUACUUCAUCAUCAGGAACACGGAGCGCUCUCCGGACUUUGGGAUAUCUCUGAUCAAGAUCUGGAACUACAACAGGAGCCUCAGUGACCUGGACGUUGGUGCCCGGCAUGUGAAUCUUUACCUCAACAGCACGCUGGUGUUUGAAGGUGAGCUGGACAAGGGCUGUGGCAACCAGAUCUUUGAUUACAGCACCAGCAUCGACCUCCAGGCACUCCAAGUCCCAGAAUCCUUCUCUCCCAGCCCAGUGGGGUCCGGCCACAGUCUGCGGGGUGCCAGCCCACAGCGCCAUGACGAGAGUGGCGUGUGGGUGGAAACCAGAGGGGAGAAUCGAGACCCCAACCACGGACUCUCUGAGGGGCUAGCUCAGGUCAGGAUAGACAUGCAGGAUAAAAUCUACAAUCCCCCCUCCCCCACAUCUACAAACUGGGACUCCUUUGACAUGGACCCUCCGGACCUGGCCCUCCCCCACCCCCCUCUGAAACAGCAGCUGGAGCAGUCGGGUCAACCCACAGAGUGCACAGUCACCACCCAGCCUUCUUCCUCCAGGAGUCCCCAGUGGCUACAGCCCCUGGCCCGGAGUGCCCCUGAGGGCUGCGAGGCCGGAAGGGAGAGACCCCUCUGGCUAGUGCCCCAGCAGUCUGUGGAGCCCAAACCUCCCCUCCCCCAAUCCCCCUCUACCUCGGUGCUCCCGGAGCUGGGCUGUAACCCGGGGAGGGUGUGUCGGGGGGUGGACAGGACUGUGAACGAGGGCCAGUGGAGUGCAGACUCUCUGGACCUGGGACGUGACCUGCUGGAGGAGCUGAGUGACCAGCAGCGCCAGGACCGGCCUGUUAGUGGACGUAGGAGCUCAGGCAUGAACAACAACACUAGUAGCAGAAAACCAGCAGAGGAGCACCAGCAUGGAGCCAUUGGACCGACCACAGAGGAGCCAAGUUCAGUGUCAGGCAGCAGCAGCAAAAGGCAGCAUCGUACCCCACGGGCCACGCUCCACAACCGGCAGGCCCAGGAUGACAACCUCAUGGAGUCCUGGGACUCCCUCACAAAGUUCAACCAGUGCCAGCGUGGUCGCAUCUCCAACAUGGGCUUCGAGGGCGACAUCUUUGACGAGUUCCUCCAGCGUUCCUCCAGAGCCGCCAGUAUCACCUCCGACCCAGCAGGCCCCCCCUGCAGCCCCUUCCCCUCCUUGUCCCACCUCUCUUCACCCGCCCCUCAAGGGGGCUUCUGCGAUGACCCGGUGGAUGACCUUUCCGCCGAGCCAGAGUUUGAGAUUCCGGUCCUCCCACGUGGUCAACGUCUGGUCAUUAACAUCCUGUCCACAUGGGGCGACCGUCACUACGUGGGCCUCAACGGUCUGGAAGUCUUCAGCUCCAGCGGUCAGCCCGUCCGGCCCGCCCACAUCCAAGCCGAUCCACCCGAUAUUAACGUGCUGCCCGCCUACGGCAAAGACCCGCGCGUAGUCGCCAACCUAAUCGACGGAAUCAACCGCACGCAGGACGACAUGCACCUGUGGCUGGCGCCGUUCACCCAGGGGAUGAGUCACGUGAUCUACCUGGAGUUCGCUGGGCCAUGUCAGGUGGCCAUGAUAAGAGUGUGGAAUUACAACAAGUCCAGGAUCCACUCGUUCAGGGGGGUGAAGGAGGCUGAGAUGCUGCUGGAUGGGAGGUGCAUCUUCAGGGGAGAGAUCGCCAAGGCGUCAGGGACACUGUCUGGAGGUCUGGACCAGUUCGGGGACACCAUCUUGUUCACCACGAAUGAUGAGAUCCUGGAGGCUAUGUCGCGCUACGACGAGACGUUCUGCGGGGAGGCGGAGGGCUUCGAAGAGCUGGUGGGGUAUGAGGAGGAGCUGCAGAGGCCCCGCACGGCCGACGGAGAGGGGGAGGACAGACCCUUCACCCAGACUGGCUUCAGACCCGAGGACGACCUCACUGUGAGUACAACAUGACUGACUGAGACUACACAGAUCCCAGGAAUGCACAACGGAAAGUGCCUUAGAAUAGAGUUGAGUAUGACGUGGGGGGACUCCCACUACCUGGGACUGACAGGGUUAGAGGUUGUGGGGAAGGAGGGGGACAGCCUGCCUCUGGACCUGACCAUGGUGGAUGCCUCUCCACGGGACCUCAAUGACCUGCCUGAGUACGGCCAGGAAGCACACACCCUCGAUAAACUCAUUGAUGGCCACAACAUCACCACUGAGGACCAGCACAUGUGGCUGAUUCCAUUCUCCUGUGGCCAGCACCACACCCUGACGGUGAACUUUGACAAGGCCCAGACGGUGGCUGGCCUCCGCAUCUGGAACUACAACAAGACCCCGGAGGACUCCUACAGAGGGGUGAAGGUGAUCCAUGUGUCUCUGGACGAUAGGCUCAUCUCUCCAGCAGAGGGCUUCCUCAUUAGGAAGGGACCAGGGAACUGUCACUUUGACUUUGCUCAGGAGAUCCUCUUCAUCGACUUUCUCCAGACCCCCACCACUGGCCUGUUGGCGAGACGGCCUGGCUCCAGAAGACAGGAGCAAGCCAGCAUGGACUACGAGGCCCCCAUCAUGCCUUGUGGAUUCAUCUUCCAGCUGCAGCUGCUGACCACCUGGGGUGACCCCUACUACAUUGGCAUGAACGGCCUGGAGUUCUAUGACCAAAACAACAAGAAGAUACCCCUCAGUGACAACAAUAUCGCUGCGUUCCCAGACAGUGUGAAUGUCCUGGACAGUGUGAACGGUGACGUGAGGACUCCAGAUAAGCUGGUAGAUGGAGUGAACAACACUCAUGAUGGCAUACACAUGUGGCUAGCACCGGUACUCCCCGGACUGGUGAAUCGCGUGUAUCUCAUAUUUGACCAGCCGGUGACCGUGUCCAUGAUCAAACUGUGGAACUACUCCAAGACACCACAGAGGGGGGUAAAGGAGUUUGGGCUGCUAGUAGAUGACCUCCUGGUGUAUAACGGCAUCUUGGACAGUGUGAGCCAGGCGGCGCGGGGCAUCCUGCCCACCUGUGACCCGGCGGUGCUCUACCACACCAUCCUCUUCACCGACAACGCCCACAUUGCCCACCGUGAAAGGAACACUGUCAUCAGCAUUUAUGUGGAGGACCAAGAUGUGAAGAUGACCAAUGAGAACGAGAUAGUUCAUCACCACAAGAAGAAACAAACAGCUGAUCCAGCGCUUCGGCCUAAAACCUGCAUGACAGACACUGGGAAGCUCGGGAAAAGGAGGUACUGA